AUGGACGAAGAGAUUCAAUGCAUCUCUAUGAACAAGUCACAGGAGGUGCUGAGCCGUGAUGAAGAAUUCUAUGACUUAAUCAUGGACCUCAGUAUGAGACAUAAAGACACCUCAGCAGGCGCACCUGCGUGGCUUCAAGAACUCCUCCAGCGACAGACACCACUCAACCACCUAGCACCCUCCACCUGGAGCAGAAACGUCCGAAGGAGAAGCUCACUCCGCUUGAAACCUUUGACCGGACUGACCUGGUCUGAUACUCCGCCUGGCGACUCAACGCCAGGGCCACACUCCGUGUAG